AUGCCCGCGAACAAGGGGAACCUGUCGACUCCACACAAAGAAAAGCCCGGAAAUGGUUUGACCACGGGUGCCUCCAAAAAGAAGAAACGCUGCACCGUUAAGCAUAAAAGACAUUGCAAGCAAUAUCUGCAGCUCCAUUCAGAGUAUAGGAGCACGUACACAUGGCACGAGUACACUGGAUCACACCAAGAGCAUACGGUCGUCCGUCGGGCGCCGCAACCACCGCCAACAUCGACGAAGCAACCGACCGCGAAGCUACAAUCGGCCAAGUCAACCGAGGAUGAGAACAACGAAGGGCCGACUCUGGAGCCGCCGUUGCCCAGGCGAAAGAAAUGCCCGGAACUUGCGUACAAGACGCACGAAUUCAUCACGGCAGCCGAUGGUGGUGGCAUCGACGCCGUCGAUUCGAACGUUGUAGCUGACAAGGUUCGGGAAGUUACAGCGCAGUCAGGCCUGCCACCUAGUCAACUGAGCAAAGCGAUCUCGCGGAUCAGCACCGAGUAUCGGCUUCAAUUCGCCUGGCCUAAACGACCCCAGCUGACCAAUGGGGAGACCGUGGCGCCUGGAGUGACGGCUGCAGGACUUCCAGCAGGUACGACAGGACCACCUAGAAAAUCUCUCAGCAUGGGAGCUCUUAAGCAGGGUAUCGCUCCCACAGGACCCGCUCCAGUUCACAAGAAACGACCCGGGGAUGUCGAUCACAAGCGCGACGGGAUGCAGGCAUCGGAGCUGGAACCCCUGGUCGGAGGAACUGGAACGGACACCAUCGACGGAGUUGUGCCGGAGGGCGACGAGCGCGAAGAGGACAUGUCGGACUUGAAAGUAACUUUCAGGGGUAAAAAGUCAGGUAGGACCGUAAGGAUAAUGGAUGAUAAAGGGCUGAGCAAACCGAAGGAGAAACCGUUUCCCACUUCAGAAGUGAUCGAGCUUAGGCGACUCGCUGACGAGUACAAGCAUCGCGACUGGGGUUGCGGUCUGGCAGCCGAGGACGAGGCUUCGCUGUGGAAACGAGUCUCCAGUAACCACGCUCUCAACGCGCUGUCCCUUGCCAGGUCAGUGACGAAGGAAGAAAAAGAGAAGGAGAACACGAGGAAGGUCGCUCCGGUUACCACUACGACGACCAUGCCUGCUGCAGGCCGGCCAUCUUCCGUUCAGGCUAGACCUGUUCAUGGAAUAUUGCAGGACGAUUCGAAAGCGGACACCGAAAGAGCCAUGUCUCACGCAAGAAAGGAUUUCUUGAUCCGCCACCAUCUGGAUCGUACUACUGGCGUGGGCGACGGUGCACUGCUUCCCUCUCCCACGAGAGAGAAGCUGGAGCCUGCGAUACCACGACGUCGAGAGGACACGAAGGAACAUCGCGAAGAGAUACAGCCUAAGACAAAGUCCAGCCCUAAGAACAGUCCAAGAACCGGUCGUUCACAGAGUCUUGGUCCUACCGUGACUGAGCGUCGAUCGCCUAAGCGUCAACCACCGCGUGCACCGUCCGUCACUAAAGAUGCUAAGGAAAAAGAGAAAGAGCCGAAGGACAAGAAGAAAAAUCAGAGAAAAAAAAGAAGUGAAGAUGAAAAAGACGAAAGAGUGGUAGCGGGUGUUUCAGUCACGGGCCCUGGCCGCGUGCGUUGGAGCAUACGGGAACCGUCGACGGUUUCCUCGACGGGUUCGUCGACCAGCGUGCCGCCAUUACCGCCACCACCCUCUGGCCCAGGGCCUACUCCAUUCUACAGGAGGUCCCCGCAGGUCCAUCGGAAAUCCUUCCUCGCAACCACCGCUCCCCCCCAUCGCCCUCUUCAUCACGCCAAACCCUCGACCACUACCACAAGUACCACUACAACUAUAACCACUACUACCACCACCACCACCGCCACAACCACUACCAACACGACAAGUACAAGCGUAAAACCCCCGGUAAAGCAUUCGAUUCAUACGAGUGUCCAUCACCACCACCCACCUGCGUCGAGCGCUGCCGCUGCGGCCAGGCCGGACCGCGUUAAAGAUAUAACCCGGCCCCAACAAGUUACGAACGAGGCUCAGGCAAAAACGGCCCGCGACCAGCCAGCUGCGGCUGCGGCCGCCGGUCCCUCCAAAUCAUCCUCCGAUAGUCGAUACGCGUCAAACCAAGCCGCUACCGCCGUCCGACCUAUGACAGCAGAGCCGCAAAUAAACGGGGACGUGACCGGAGGGGAGUCGAGCGUCGCGUCGACACCGCCGUCGCAACCACCAGUUUCAGCAACCGCCGCAAGCCCGUGGAUCGACGACGAGCCGGUGGUGAAAAGCCCGCCGGAACCGACAAGGGUAAAAUCUCCGGAGCAGAUGAUCAUGCGCUCACCAGAGCCGGUCAAUUGGACGGUGCCGUUGGACACCGGGAAAACAUUCACUGUCACGCAAAACGUCAGAGAAGAACCCCUGACGCGUCCGCAUAGCGAGGCGAAGACUUGGGCACCUUCGUCGAUACCGUCGGCGCCGCAGUCAGCACCACCUGAAUUGGCGCACAAGUCACAGCAUUCGCAACAUUCCGGAUACAAAUCGCCAGAAAGCGAGAGCGUUUCUAUCGGAAGUUUUAGCGGCUUGAACGGACACAAGGACAUGGACUCGGAAAGGGACAGCCCCUUGCCAACGAGCGGUCUCGCGGGCAGCACCCCCAUGCACGGUGAAAAGGAAUCAAUGGGCGUAGAAGAGGACUCGAAAGACCAACAAAAAUCAGAACCCACAAUAAAACCGGUAGCAGGAACGAACCUCAGAUGCCUAGACGACCCAGGUUUCGAUUACGACAGAAAGAAAGACCCCGGUCAACCCACAACGACGUCUACCAUCACAACACCUUCGUCCUCGACCACUCCGCAGCAGGGUUACCGUAUCUUGGAAGCUGAAUCCCCUCAGGGUGGCUCGACAGGCGGCGGUGGCGGCGGAGGCGGUAUGGGUGGGUCGGUAAGCAGCAGCGGGGGUGGUUACCACGUGUUAGAGGCGCCGACGGUUGUUCCAGGCACGGCGCAACGUUCCGCGGCGAGUGAAGUGUUGGAAAAGGCACGGAAUCGGUUCGACAAAUUCUGGGGUAAAGGCAGCGGCUCGGAGAAUUAGAGAGCGUUCACGCGGAGAGAAGCAAAGAAUAAUAAAGUAGUAGUGACGUCCUCGAAUGCGGAGGAGCAAGCAGAUACGUGAAGAAACGUGUUAGAAGAGAAAGAGAGCGAUUGAGAGAGA